UCCCAAGACCCCUUGCGUGACUACAAGAAAUGCGAAAGGAAAGAUUUGAGUCACAGAGGACGCCAUCCAUCGAGGAACAGACGGAACACCAAAAGACCUUUGUGGGAAACACCACCUAGUAGCGGAGCCCUACGAGGCUGUAACAUCAGCAACAUGACCACGACUGAAGAGCCUCAAGUCGAAGAGAAACAGUCAGUUGAGAAGAAAGUUGUUGGUGAGUUUGCCUUGCGCGUCGCGAUAUGUUGCAUGCUAAUAAAAUGAAAGCGACAUCUCGAACAUGUGCGCCGCAAUAGCGUGAAUAUGAAUUGUUAAUGGAUAUUGUCACGAUAAGGUUUUCUGGCCACAUGGCAUGUCCUUAUUGCAUAGAUUGUGUUCCGUUUACUUUUAUGGUGACAGAGAGUGGUUCAUCUCGUUUUACUAACCGUCUGACGUGGCUUUUUCAAUCUUUUAGCCAGUAAAGUGAGCGGUACAGUGAAGUGGUUCAACGUGAAGAACGGUUAUGGCUUUAUCAACAGGUUAGUUCAAAGAAAUUCUUUUCUUCUCUUGCUUUCAUCUGGGUUUGUUUUGCUUUCUAACUCUUCAAAGUCGUUCGUUAAUUUUCUUUGCUGAGAAUCGAAUUUGAAAUUCGUAGUUUGGGCGCGUUGAUGGCGAGAGCAAAGCGAACUUCGUUUCGCCACGCAUAGCUCAUUUGCAUCCUCCAAUUUGUCCCACGCAUUGCAAUGAUCUCGUUUUGUUUUUCUUUCCCCUAGAGAUGACAACAAGGAAGAUAUAUUUGUUCAUCAGGUAAGUUUCUCAAUCAAUUUAACUGUCUGGAGAAUCAAAUAAAUGUCAUUUUGGUGUAAAUUUCAGCACCUAAGAAUUGUAAGGUUGACUUUUUGUGAUAUUAAGAUUUGAAGGCGGUUUUAAAUGAUUUCUCUCAGUUCCUUUUGUUUAAUUCACAACCUGUAGGUGACUGUGGUCACAACGUAGCCAUUUUCUUAAACUUUAUCUUUGCUUUUCGUUUUCUGAUCAUCCGUUACCUAUGUUUUUAGACUACGAGGGUUCAUCUGUAUAUUUAACCCACUCAGGCUAAUUGAAUUUAAACAGUUUUAGUAAUACAUUCAGCGUAAAUUUCUUCGUCAGUGUCAUUGACCCAGAAAGAAAUGAAACCUUGACAUAAGGGCAGUUGAACUGGAUCACUUGACUGGAAAGAGGAAUUAGGUUUGAUCCAAGUUAGUUCUGCUUUGAUAACAUCAGUCUUCAUUUACUCCUCUCCCUUCAUAAAAUUGGAUGAAUAUUAGGCUUUUUGAAAUUGAGGACCUCUCGGCAAAACAUCUUCUUGUUUUGAUCUGCCACAAAGAAGCUUGUCAUAUUGGCUACCAAGAAAAGUUCAACAUAAAUGAAUCACCUGUGAAAUAAUGAACUGGAAUAUGAAAUCUGGCCCCAUUGUAAAAACUAUUGUGUGAUUUUGCUGUAACAUUUAGUCUCCUCACUAGAUUUUGGAAAUGACUGGAUUUAUUUUGGAGUAAUAAAAUAAAAAAAAUAAUUCAAGUGCCAUAGUAUGUGGAAUCAAUACAAUAAAUGGAUACAAUGUCUAACUUUUUCAUAUUGUACUCCCAACUUAAUUGCUGUGUCAUAUUUGAUAAGUAAUACUGUACAUUCAAUAUUCUAACUGGGCAAAAGUGUGUUAUGUAGUUCUUAAUUAACCAAUAAAAGCUUACCACCUCUCUUCCUGAUCAAGUUUUAACAAUUGCACUCACCUAUUAAAUAAAUUUUAUUAAAUGGACAGACUUUACAUAAUUGGAUGUUGAAUGAAACCAUACUUAAAUUAAUUACCUGUGGGAAAAUAAACCAUGGUGUAGGUCAGAAUAAAGACCUUUGAUGGUUAUAAGCAGAAUGAAUAACAUAUUCAAGUAAAUCCAAAAGUUGUUUGCUCAGGAACUGGAUGAAUUUAUAUAUAUUACACUUUAGAUCUCCCAGGUCUUAGAAAGCGUACCCUGGUGAAUCCAUAGUCUGACUGCACUAAUUGUAUUACUUAAAUCAAGUGUCAAAUUGUUAAACAAAAACGAGUCUAGUCUAAAUGGUUAAUGAAAACCUCUAAAGUCAAAUGAUCAGUGGAAUCUUUUUUGCGUCUGUAGCUAAAUUCUUAAGUUAAAGAUGGCGCAAGUGAAUAAUGUAACAUCGCUCUUACAAUUAACAUCAUAAAAUGUUAAAAAUCUCUGUUCUCUUUAUUCUCCUCAGACUGCCAUCAAGAAGAACAAUCCCAAGAAGUACUUGCGCAGUGUUGGAGAUGGAGAGACUGUGGAGUUUGAUGUUGUAUCAGGAGCGAAGGUGGGAAACGUAAGGAAAAUGUAUAAAAGACACAGUAAAAGAUGAAUUGAAUAUAUCGAUCACAUAGACUGGCCAGUCACUUAAACUUGUUUCAGCUUAAACAUCCUGAAUGUUAUCCUGUCUGUAGGGGGAUGCUAGACAGGGUUGUAUCCCAAUGGAGGGGACUUUGCUCUGUCUUUUGUUGGCCUGAAUAAGUUAACUUAUAUUGAAACUUUUGAAAUGUAAACUCUGGGCACCUCGAAUUUCUCAGACAAUGUGUGUGCAUCACAAACUAAGAUGACCUCAGACUCCCUUAGUUUUGUUUCUUUGCUGGCUGAUUAGGUCAAUCUGUGCAUGGAGUUGUCCACCACAGUAUGGGCUCUUUCCUUUUUUUUCCUUUUCUUCUGCUUUAACUGUGUCUAACUUCAGCAUCGAUAGCCCCUUCCCUCAGGCAGCCUUUAGGCCUCUAUCAAUACUUCUAGAAGGACAGCUUUGCUAGGCGCUCUCAAGAAGCAAAUGCAAUAAAUAAAUUUUAUGGUUCACGCAAAAAAUUGAUUUGUGCAACAAUUAUUUUUCUAAUCACAAUUUGACUGAAACAAAUUUCAUACCUGAAUGUUAUUUUUAGAUCUAUUCUUGCUUCUUUGGGAACCUUUAUCAGAUUUCAACAAUGAAUGCCUUGCAUUCAAAACUGAAAAAUGAUAAUGUUUGGCCUUUUUUGUCGUUUUUUUUUCCUUUUCCAAAUAUUUUGUGCAUUGUUUUUCUAUCAUUUACUAGGGUCUCGAAGCAGCCAACGUAACAGGACCAGAUGGGAGCCCUGUGCAAGGAAGCAAAUAUGCGCGUGAGUAGUGCUUACUGAGUCCUACUGUCAACCCUUCUCUCUAAGAAUCCAUUUUUUUCUGCUCUCUUCAAAUAUUCAGUUGUAAAUUAAUUUUUUUUCCUUGAGAGAUGGCAAAAGUUUUCUUACAGUUGUAUUUGGUUCAGGCUUAUCAAGGUUUUCAAAUACAAAGUAAUAAAAAUAAUGAAAAUAGUACCGAUAAUGAUGACAAUAAAAUUUAAUAUUAGUUGUAAUAAUAACAAUAAUAGUAAUUAAAAAAGAGAACAAAAAAACAACAAAAAUUGUAAAACAUGUCCAUUUUCUCCCUAGCGGACCGCCGAAGGAACUACUACCGCAACUAUCGAGAUUACCGUCGUGGCAGACGCCGCCCCCGUGGCAGGCCUAAUUCCGCUACAAACGGAGAGGUUAAACCUGAGGAGGAAGGCAAGGAGGCAGGGGACUCGGGUGAUCAGCAGGAACGGAACGACAACGAUGAAAGACCACGCCGGGGCAGGCGCUACUACGGCGGGCCACCACCCUGGGCGAGACGUCGGCGGCCCCGUCCUCCUCCACGGGAUAACGAAUCAGGUGAUCAGUCCGAGGAGAAAGGAGAAGAGCCGAGAGAGGAGUCGGAUGAUAAGGAGAAGAGACGACCCCGUCGUAGACGACGUCCCAGAUACAGGUAAGCGUUGUUCCUGUUCUUUCUCCUUUGUUUCUUUUCCCUUUCUUCUUUUUUUUUCUCUUUUUUUUUUGGCGUAGGUUUUCCCCCCUUUUUUCGAUCUAUAGGAUGUUUAAUCUUUUGGUUGUGAGCUAACGGUUUGUGUUGAAAUUUUUUCUCCAGGCGCAGGUCUGAUGAGGAACGCCCUGAAGGCGAUGAACAAGAAGAACGAGAUGGUGAUCAUGAAGGAGGAGAAGACGGAGAAGAGGUAAUCAAAAGUUGCUUUCCUCUAAUAGUAGUUUUGUGAUGACGGAACAUUAGGCUCAACGCGGUCUGGCCAAAUCCCCCCGCAAAGUGUUGUUAAGCGUAUUGGAACAUUCACGUGAAGACUGCGCCAUAUAAAUGUAUGAAUGGUGUUAUCAUUAUUAUUAGGUUUUCGGUAGCGGAACAAACCGAAACAAUGACCACCUGUCAAAUUAGUGGCCAGAGCGUGGUUAGCUCAAUUAGGGGAAUGCUGGACUGUUGUGAGUGAGUGGGUGAAGCUUAAUACAAGGCAAACACGGAAGGGCUUAUAAUGUUAAGGGAGGAUAUGCCGCUAUCUGAGCUUUUGUAGAGAAAGUUGACGCUCUUUGCUAAACGUGAAACUACUUACAUGUGUGGGUUUUUUGGUAAAUGCUGUUUAAGCAAGGUCUCAUCUUGGUCGCGCCUUGGAAAACGGUGUGGUGUAAGAACUUAUUAUGGCGAAAAAAAGAAAAGACAGUGAAACAAACCGAGACGUGUCGUUUUCUCGUGAAUUAAUCAAGACUAUGCUUCUAUGACAGAAACUUGCGGGUUCACUACAUUGUUUCCGAUCCAAGGGAAAUGGCUUUCACUUAUAUAAAAUGAAUGAUUAAUUGUUGUUUUUUUUUCGUUUUGUUUACCCUGCAGCGUCCGGCACAGAAUCGUCGCCGUCGUCGUCCUUACCGCAGAUCUUACAACAGGCGCCCUCGUAGAGAGGUAAAAGUGAAGUCGCGGAAAGUCAGUAAUUAUUUUAGUCUUGAUCCUUUGAUUGUGGGGUCAUGGUUAGAUGAACUGGCGCAUUAUGUAGAGGUGUUCUCCAGACUGUACAAUUGUUAGAUUUUGGUGCCUCAGAAAAAGGCCUUGUCAGGGUCAAAUUGUACCGAAGUCGUUAUUUGGUCGCCAGAAAUGAUAUUUGCUUGUAUUUUUCUAAUAAAGCACCGAUGAUUUGAAUCGACAGUAUUGUAUGUAAAUUCUUACAACUCACUAGACCUUGAACACUAACUAAUAGACACUUAAAAGCUUGCUGCAAAUUUAUUCGCCAAAACGUUAACUAAUUGCCUUAGCGUCCAAAACGAGCUCAGCUUGGAGCGCUUCCCAUGCAGUUAGGUUAACUUAAGUGGUAGUGGUACUGCUUGUUUUUGUUCCGUUACUUUUUUUUAAGGAGGUUGCCUUGCUCUUAUUCAGAUUGUGCCUUUUUUCUAAUAGGACGGAGAGAGGGGAAAGGAAAACAGCGAAUCCAAGCCCGAGAAUGAAGAGGCUGUGAAAGCCGACGGCAACGCCGAAUAA